AGAGAGCGAGCGGCGCGCGGAGCUGCGCGGCCCGGCCUCGCCGAGGAGCGGGCGCCAGUUUUCAAAAUCUGGUUAAUGUGAUAGCAUAAACUAGUGAAGCAUUUGGAUUACAUGAUGGAUAUCAGCAAUGGUGAUUGAUAUUAUUUGAGUGGUACAGUAAGAGUCUGCUGUAUGAAAUGCCAGAAGUUUACAUUUCUUCUAGUUUUGCAAUGGUUUCCCAAUGAGUGGAUCACAAUGAACAUACUUUAGGGACUUGCCAUAGUAUGGCUGCUUCUCGAUCUACUCGUGUUACAAGAUCUACAGUGGGUUUAAAUGGUUUGGAUGAAAAUUUUUGUGGUAGAACAUUAAGGAACCGUAGUAUUGCUCAUCCGGAGGAAGUCUCACCCCAUCCUCAAAUCCGAUCCAGGUCACCAAAGAAGAGGCCAGAGUCUGUGCAAACUCAGAAGGGCAGCAACGGUGGCAGAACUACUGAUUUGAAACAGCAGAGUGCUCGGGAGUCAUGGGUGAGCCCUAGAAAGAGAGGGCUGUCCACUUCAGAGAAAGAUAAUGGUGAUAAACAAACUGUGGAAAAUAGUGAAAAAAAACAAGCAGAACCUGUUUCACCAGUUUUGAAAAGAAUUAAACGCUGUCUACGUUCAGAGGCACCCAACAGUUCUGAAGAAGACUUGCCCACUAAGGCAGAGAAGGAGUCAUUGGAGCAUAAAAGCUUAGUGUCGGACAAUGAUGCAGCCUCCACGGGGACUAAGCGAGCUUGUCGAUGUCUUAUAUUGGAUGAUUGUGAGAAAAGGGAAGUUAAAAAGGUGAAUGUCUGUGCAGAAGGGUUUAAUAAUUCUGCAGUAGUUGAAGAGGUUGCAGGUUAUCAGACUGUCAAUGGAGUUGGUGAGAGAGACUCAAAUUCUCUCAACUGUGAUGACUGUCAGGCUGAUGGGAACACUAAGCAGAACAGUGCUGGUUCCCGUACGCCCAAGGACAAAACAGUAGCAGAAAAUGGAAACUCAUUUGCCCAUUCUUCGUUGCUGCUUAAUAGCAGCAAAGAGGACAGUGUUGUAGACCAUUAUGUGCCUUGCACAAACUCUCAAGAACAGGUAAAGUUAGAGGACCACAAACCAAUGAAUGACUGCUUGCCUGAGGAGCAUGCUAAUCAGGCAUUUGAGCCAGCUACAGGGUCCUUUUCUGAAAUCCAGUCAUCUUUGUUAAGGGAUUCGGAGGAGGAGGUGGAUGUUGUAGGAGAUAGCAGUGCCUCUAAGGAACAGUGUGCUGAAAACACCAAUAGCAACCUGAAUACUCACCAUGACAGUGCAUCAAUCUCAGGUGAACCUGAACCACAUUCUUCCGUGCUGAACUGUGUUUCGGCUCAGAUGACAAAUAUGUUGGAACUUCAAGAACACAGAUACACACUGAGAACUUCACCACGAAGGGCUGCCCCUGCCAGAAGUAGCCCUACUAAAAAUAACUCUCCUUGUAGAGAAAACGGACAGGUUGAGGAAAAUAAUCUUAGUCCUACUGAAAAGAACGCACCUGUCGGUAUUAAUAAUAUCAAUGGAUCUCCCAAAAAGUCUGAAGAAAUCAAACAGAAUGAAAAAGAGAGAAAUAGUAAUACAGGGGAUCAUGGGAGUGAUGGACUAAGAAAGCCACUUUCUGAGUCUAGGCUUGUUGCUGGAUUUGUACCAUCUGCCAAAGAGAGUGCCAACAUCCACACUGCAGAGGAGGAUGAGGAAGAGCCUGAUGUGUAUUACUUUGAAUCAGAUCAUGUGGCAUUGAAACACAACAAAGAUUAUCAGAGACUGUUACAGACGAUUGCUGUACUGGAGGCUCAACGUACUCAAGCAGUUCAAGACCUUGAAAGUUUAGGCAGACACCAGAGAGAAGCACUGAAAGAUCCUAUUGGAUUUGUGGAAAGACUCCAGAAGAAGGUUGAUAUGGGUCUUCCAUUUCCUCAGAGAGUUGUUCAGCUCCCUGAGAUUGCCUGGGACCAAUACACCACUAGCCUUGGAAACUUUGAGAGAGAAUUCAAAAACCGAAAACGUAACAGUAGGAGAGUGAAGCUGAUUUUUGACAAAGUAGGUAUCCCUGCAAGACCAAAAAGUCCUUUGGAUCCCAAGAAGGAUGGAGAGUCUAUUUCGUACUCUGUCUUGCCUUUAAGUGAUGGUCCAGAAGGUUCCACAAACAGUCGUCCACAGAUGAUAAGAGGGCGACUUUGUGAUGAGACCAAACCUGAAACUUUUAACCAGCUGUGGACUGUAGAGGAACAGAAAAAACUCGAGCAAUUGCUUUUGAAGUAUCCACCAGAGGAGGUAGAGUCCCGACGGUGGCAGAAGAUUGCAGAUGAACUGGGAAAUAGAACAGCAAAGCAGGUUGCGAGUAGAGUGCAGAAAUAUUUUAUUAAACUGACUAAAGCUGGUAUUCCAGUUCCAGGAAGAACACCAAACUUAUAUUUAUAUUCCAAAAAGUCAUCAAGUAGACGGCAACAUCCUUUAAAUAAACAUCUUUUCAAACCUUCAACUUUCAUGACAUCUCAUGAACCUCCAGUUUAUAUGGAUGAAGAUGAUGACAGAUGCAGUUUUCACAGCCAUAUGGACACUGCAGCAGAAGAGGAAGUAUCGGAUGAAGAGAGUAUUCCAGUAACAUAUCGAGAGUUACCUGAAUACAAAGAGCUGUUAGAGUUUAAAAAAUUGAAGAAACAGAAACUGCAGCAGAUGCAUGCAGAAAGUGGGUUUGUGCAGCACGUGGGAUUUAAGUGUGAUAACUGCGGGAUUGAACCUAUCCAGGGCGUUCGGUGGCACUGCCAAGACUGCCCUCAAGAAAUGUCCUUGGAUUUCUGUGAUUCGUGUUCUGACUGUCUGCAUGAAACAGAGAUUCAUAAGGAAGAUCACCAGUUAGAACCUAUUUACAGAGCAGAGACAUUUUUAGACAGAGACUACUGCAUGUCCCAGGGCACGAGUUACAAUUAUCUUGACCCAAACUACUUUCCAGCAAAUAGAUGACAUGGGAAGCAGAUCUACCAUCUUGGGUUUACUAUCCUCUUUGAAAAAUAACAAUGGCACCAUUGUUAAUUCUGUGCACAUUUUGGAAAGACUCUGCUUUCCUUGAAAUGUCACUCACAGCAUGACAGCUUCCUGGGUGUACUUGUCAAACUACAGCUUUGAGCUGUCAUGGUUCUAGAUCACUGAACAGCAGCUGAACAUUCCUAGUGUGCAGAAGGUUUCACUGGGAGACUUUUCUUUCACCACAUUAGUCACUUUUAGGUGGUGAAUCUAAACAAAAGAAACACAUACAAAAGGGUGAGCCAGAAAUGAGAGCACACAUUAAAGACAGAGUAAAUUCCAAAGGCUUUGAAGAACUUGGUUAUAAUGAGAUCCAGAGGAGAUGAAGUAUUUAUAUAAAAACAGUUUAGUAGCUUGCAGUUUUGUUGUGAAAUAGUUUUCAGCACAGUAACUGACUUCUUUAGGCAAGGUUUUAACCAAUGACAGUGUUUGCUUCUAGGCUGUACUCUAAAAAUACUCACUGUCUCGGCAAUGGUUGGCUACGGGCCUUUAUUAAAUUGGAGCUGCUUAAUCAUGUUGACCUUCAAUUUUUAAUUUUUUUUUUUUAAACCACAAUGAACUCUAUUUACCAACAGUGAAGCACUACAGGGGGCAACUGUGGCAUUGCUUCCUUAACCAGCUCAUGGUGUGUGAAUGUUAUAAAAUUGUCACUCAGAUAUAUUUUUUAAAUGUAAUGUUAUAUAAGAUGAUCAUGUGAUGUGUACAAAAUAUGGUGAAAAGUGCCAGUGCUAGUAACUGUGUAAAGUCUCUAAUACUCAACAUUUACUCCUUUAAAAUAAAAUACACAGCCUUCUGCCUCUGUAUUUGGAGUUGUUAGUGCAACUCAUCAAAGAAAACUGCCUAAUAUAAAUCAUAUAUAUGGUAAUAAUUUUUCCUCUUUUGUAGUCUGCACAAGAUCCAUGAAAGAUUGUAUUUUUAUUACUAUUUAAACAGUGAUUAAAUUUAGCCUGAGCAGUGAGCAAGGGUUCACAUGCAUUCUUUUAUACUGCUGGAUUUUGUUGUGCAUCAUUUAAAACAUUUUGUAUGUUUCUUCUUAUCUGUGUAUACAGUAUGUUCUUAAAUAAUGUUCAAUUGUCAGGAGAACUGUGAGAAAUAAACUAUGUGGAUACAGUCUGUUUAUAUAUAGAA